AUGGCCAAGACAAGGAAGAAGAAGAGGACGCAUGUCCCGAGCAACGAUGUACCGGGGAAGCCUGGUCAAGCAAACCGACACCCGAAGAGCAUGGUCAUCCGAAUGGGCGCUGGCGACGUCGGGCCCAGCGUCACCCAGCUGGCGAAGGAUUUCCGGACCGUGAUGGAACCGGACACUGCGAGUAGACUGAAGGAACGGAAAGCGAACAAAUUAAAAGACUAUAUCGCCAUGGCUGGCCCACUGGGGGUAACACACCUGUUCCUGUUUUCGCGAUCCAAGACCGGCAACGUGCACUUUAGAGUCGCGCUGGCCCCUCGCGGUCCGACCAUCACUUUCCGAGUCGAGCGAUAUGCGCUGGCCAAAGAUAUCGCCAAAGCCCAGAAACAUCCGCGCGGCGGUGGAAAGGAAUAUCUUCAUGCGCCGUUGCUGGUCAUGAAUAACUUCACCUCACAGACGGCAGGAGAGCCUAAUGCAGACCCGAUCAAGAAACAACUCGAGUCCCUAACAACGACCGUGUUCCAGGGCAUCUUUCCUCCGAUCAGCCCUCAGACCACAUCGUUAAACUCGAUCAAGCGGAUUCUGCUGUUGAACCGUGAAUCCCAGGCAGACGGGACGUAUGUGAUCAGCCUGCGACACUAUGCAAUCACGACUCGCAAAGCCGGUGUCUCGAAACGAGUCCGCAGAUUCGACCCCAGCGAACAGCGGCUGAGAGAGAAGAAGACGGGCGCUCUACCCAACCUGGGCAAACUGGACGAUGUGGCGGACUACAUCCUGGAUCCAGCCGCCGGCGGAUAUACCUCGGCCAGUGAGACCGAGCUGGACACCGACGCCGAGGUCGAGGUGCUGCAGUCCACCACGCAGCGCGUGCUGAGCCGACGAGAACAACAGAAACAGCAGGACGGCGAAAAGGACAAGGCAAAAGCAGCAGAUGCUGGCUCCAACGUCGAGAAACGAGCGGUCAAACUGGUCGAGUUGGGCCCGCGCAUGCGGCUGCGUAUGGUGAAAGUGGAAGAAGGCAUCUGCGAGGGUCGAGUGAUGUGGAAUGAAUUCGUCAAGAAGACAAAGGUCGAGGAGAAGGAAUUGGAUGAGAAGUGGGAGCAGAGGCGGAAAGAGAAAGAGGCGCGCAAGAAACAGCAGAAAGAGAAUGUCGAACGGAAGAAGAUGCUCAAAAAGAAUACAAAGGCGAACGCUGGAGGUGGUGGUGCAGAUGGUGAAGACGACGAUGACGAAGAGGAGUGGGAUAGCGAUGAGCUCGAAGACUGGGAUGAUGUUAACGACGUCGUUGGUGACGAUGAAGUGGAAGCUGAAGACGAUGAAGACGAAGAGAUGGAAGGCUGA